CAUGCCAGGCCCCGCCCCUCCCGCUCGGGAUGUUCCGAGUGUCCGGGAUGAAGAGCUCGAAGCCGAGUUUCAGGAGCUACCUGCCGCCGGCGGAGAGCUCCUUCCCGAGCCGGGCCGAGGUGAGCCGGGCGUGCGAGGCCGCGCUGCUGCCGGGUGAACUUGUAGUGAGUGAGACCAGUAAUGUUAGAAAAUGUAUCGCUACGGACACGAGUGCACACGACCUCUAUGGGACAUUGCUAUGCACCAACUUCAAGAUCUCCUUCAUUACAAAGGAUGUGACACCUUUUCGGAAAUUUCAGUACCGAAACCUGCUAUUGGAGGAACAUGACAUCUCUCUGACCUGUGUGGACCAGGUCGUGGCAGUGAACGAUGAGAGAAAGAAGAGGAAGGUUCUUGGACCCAACCAGUGCCUGAAGUUUAAACCUACCGAGCUGAUCAUUUAUUGCAAGGAUUUCCGUAUCAUCCGCUUCCGUUUUGAUGAAUCUAUUCCAGAAUCUGCUAGAAAGAUCUGCCUUGUGAUUGCUCAUUACUCUCAGCCUAAAGAUCUCCAGUUGUUGUUUGGGUUUGCAUAUGCCAAGGAGAAGUGCCACAAUUCAGUUGGCAACAUGAAUGGAACAGACCCAGAAAUGGAUGGACUGCAGACAUCACUGUUUGAAAGCUAUUCAGACUGGGAUAGGGAGAUAAAGCGGACAGGGGCAUCAGAGUGGAGGGUUUGUUCUGUCAAUGAACACUAUGCUACUUCUACGAGCCUUCCGGAGUACUUUGUUGUUCCAUCUUCUCUGGCGGAUGAAGACUUGAAACAGUUGGUUCCUUCCUUCAAUGGUGACCGAAUCCCAAUGUGGUGCUGGCAUCAUUGGACUGGCAGUGCCCUAGUGAGAAUGGCCAACAUUAAACCUGGGCCAAAGCUGAGAAAACACAAUACAAGGAUCCUUAAGGCAAUAGCACAAAGCCAUCCAGAGAAGAGUGAAGUAUUUAAAUCUGACUUGGAUAAGAAUUUACCAAGUAUAUCAGAGGUGCAGGCAGCGUUGGUGAGACUCAAGCAGCUGUGCAUUAAUGAUUUAUUUGAAGAAACAGAUGAGAAGUGGCUGUCCUCUUUAGAAAACACUCGGUGGCUGGAAUACGUCAGACUGUUCCUGAAGCACUCCACGGAACUCACACAAUGGGUGUACAGCGAGAACAUUUCUGUCAUCAUUCAGGAGGAGGAAGGAAGAGACCUGAGCUGUGUGAUAGCCUCGGUUGUGCAGGUGAUGUUGGACCCCCAUUUCCGUACCAUCCUGGGAUUUCAGAGCCUGAUUCAGAAGGAGUGGAUCGUGGCUGGUUACCGCUUCUUGGAUCGUUGUAACCAUCUUGGAGAGUCUGAGAAACAUGAGUGUCCCCUGUUUCUACUGUUCCUGGACUGUGUGUGGCAGCUGCUGCAGCAAUUCCCAGCUGCAUUCGAGUUCACUGAGACAUACCUGACUGUCUUAUAUGACAGCUUGAGGAUUCCCCUAUUUGGCACCUUCCUUUUCAACAGCCCAUAUCAACGGAUGCAACAGAGCCAGGAUUUUGCUGCUAAUGGGAACCUACAAAGUGAAGGGAGAGGUCUGGAACUGCCCUCUGUCUGGAACUGGUCGCUGCAGUUCACGGCUAAAGAUCUGUCUUUGUUCAAUAACCCACUGUACGUUGGCAAAAGUGUGACAUGUGUGCAGAAUGGGACAAUCAAAUCCUUCAAAAGAGCAAAGAAGAAUUCCUCCUCCAUCUAUUCGGUGUACACAAUGAAGAAUGGAAAGCUCAGUGACCAGCAUGACUUCUUUCCACGCAGAAACUCAAUACAAAGACCGAGCCCUGAUUUAGUGCAACUUAAUGAGAGCUACGAUUGCAACAUGGAGCGUUACUUCAGGGACUGGCUCUCGAAGCCCUUGGACCUGCACGGAAUCAUUCUGCCACACCUCAGCAGCGCGCAUGCCCAGCUGUGGAAGCAAUGUUACUUACGCUGGAUCCCUGAGGCGCAGAUCACUAACGGAGGAUUUAUCAGCGCCUUUCACAAGAUCUCUUUACUGGCGGAUGAUAUUGAAACUCUCCAGCAGCGUCUUCGUCAGUAUUGGAGUGACUCCUGCCUAUCUGGCUCUCCCAAGUCCCGCAGUCACAGGAUGUAUUUCCGGGCCAAAGAUUUCAGUGAAACAUCUGGGACGCUUGACUGUUUCUCCUCGUCUUUUCCCUUCUCUCCUGUUGGGAACCUCUGUCGACGGAGCAUUCUGGGAACGCCACUAAACAAAUUCCUGCUCACUGCUGCCAAAACAUGGCCUUCUACAGAAACCCUGGCCAACGAAGAUUGAAGAUCCCUAGAUUGGGGACAGUGAGGCACUGACAUCCCAGUAAAGGCCAAAAGCUAAACCUAAUCAAACUGAACACUGCUCUCUGACACUGAUGAUUAAUGAAUAUGCAAAAUGAUAUGUUAGAAAUUUGCACAGAUAUUUUUAAGAGGAAGGAGACUAGAGGGAAAGCUUUCGAUGUUAGCACAUCUCAGCUCCCAGAGGGUUUCUUAAAUAUUUCUUAUGUUGAAGAAACCCUUGGUCUUUCUUCGAAGCAUAAUUGCAACCAUAAGCUGCCACUCAUUGCCUGCUUUAUGUUUGAAGUCCUUGAAAUGGGUGGCACAGUGGGUUAGACACUGGCGUUUUACCUCUGGGACCAGUCUGAUGAGCUGAAACUUUGCUAGCUGUAUGACCCUGACAUAGAGUGACAAUCUUGACAGCAGUAACAUUGCACUAAUUGUAAUCUCACUGGGUGCCUGAAAUGAAAAGUGUUCCUCAGCACUAAGACCUCACACACCUUAAUGACCAAGUUUGUCUAAAGAGUUUAUAAAAAUUCCAGUAAUUUUUUUUUAAACAAAAGCUAUUCCUGAAUAAAUUAUUUUUUGUAUAUUUUAAAAACGGCACAAUUUUUGACCAGCCUUGAAUCCAGCUGAUUGCAAGGCAACUGUUGGGAGUUUGGGGUUGAGAAUAUUCCUGUGAUGGGGAAAUGAGCUCCAACCAACCUCAGUGUGUUGUGUUCAGUUUAGAGAUUCUUUCAUACUAGAAUAACUGAACUUGCUGUGUAGGAGCGAGCGUCUCCAACCCCCACCCCCAAUUACCUCUCAGCAGUGCAUUGUAUAGCACGUGAGGCCUUUCACACUAAUGCAACUAAACGUUGGUACAAGGAAUACAGAGCAUUAAUCUUUUAACAUCAAACCUUGGUCAUUUGGCCUAUUUCAAUGGCCGAUUGCUCUCACCAUCAUCCUGUGCACUCUGGUAACCUGGCUGAAUGUUGCAGUGUUCACACUGACCACCCGAUUCUCUAUCCACCCAUCAGUGGAGAGAAUAUGCCUCUGCUCAGUUCUUAUUCUCCUCUCCUGAAGUUGCUGACUCUCACUGGGGGGAGCAGUUUCUGAAGGUGCUGACUCUCACUGGGUGGGACAGUUCCUGAAGGUGCUGACUCUCACUUGGGGUGGG